UCCGGGCAGCCCUCAGUUUUGGACUUCGUUCCCCCGACGAUGGGGACCCCGCUGGUGUUACUGGGGCGUUUGUUGCCGGACAAAAACCCGCAGAAAGAGGAGGACGAAGGCGAGGAGGUGGUAGUGGAGGAGGACGAGGAGGACGAGCCGCUCUUCGUGGAGGCCGAGGAGCUGUGCAAUGGAGGGUUGAGGUCGGGCAGCCUCCCCUCGCGCGUCCCAGUUGUAAUUGAAGAUGAAAACACCACAGAGAAUAUUCGAGUGUUUGGACGGUUUCCAUUGUUUGGUCCUUGGUGGAAAGUCAAAGUAAAAGUGAAACGUGUGGGAUCCCGGUACUUUGUGGAUGGAUUGCCAUCUUACUUUUUGGAGACAGACUUAUCGUCUAAACACGAAGAUAUUUGUUCACUUUUUCUUAAGGCCUGUGACUUUCCAGAUGAUUUUAAAUCGAACUUUUUAAAAUGGGUAUAUAAAAGAUCAAGUUAUUGCAACUUGAGCUUUGCAAAUCUUCAGGAAGCUCUGAAAGAUUUUGAAGAAUGGCAAAAAGAGUCUUCAGGAGGAAAAGAUGGAAAUUCUUCACAGGAGAAAAAAAAUCAAAGUUUAUUAAAUAGAAAUCCAAUUGCUUUAAGAACUGUAAUGAGAGCUUUGAUGUUUCCAAGAAUAAUGGAAUUCAUUCCAAUCCUUUUGCCUCGACAUUUUCACAAUUUUCUGAACCUAGAACAUCCUGAGAGCUUGUUGAGAGAUUUGGAAGAGAUUCUAAAUACCUGUCCAUGGAAACUUGGCUUUAGUAGAAUAAUCUACAGAGAAUUGAAGCUUAUUGGGUGUGAAGCAACUUGGCUGGCAUUUUGUCACUGUGAAUCUCUUUUCCAAAAAAUGAGUAAUUUGGAGAAAAAUGCAUUAAUAACAUAUAAUAAACUGAAACAGAUAUGUAGAGAAUAUGGACACACGUAUGUUAAAGAAGCUGAAUUAACCUCCAGGUUGUCUGGAAUGAUAUCAUUUCAAGAUGUUUGGUCUUCUCUGAAGUUUUUGAAAGAUAUUGGGGUAGUGACAAAUGAGAAAGAGUGUAUCUUUAUCAGUGAUCUUUAUGAAGCUGAAAAAGAUGUUGCUUCUUUGGUACAUGACCUUAUGACAUCACCGUCAUGGAAUUUAAAAGUGGAUGUGAAAGAAGUUCUUGCAUCUAUGGAGACCAGGAAAUUUAAGCAUGCAGAAGGAGAUGAUGCAGGGAACACCAGUAAACCUCAGGAAGAAAAGUUAGUAAACGAUGGUCAUGAUUUGGAUGUGCAGAGCAAUAGUAACCAAGUUUUUCAUUCUGAUGAAAAUCAAAUUGAUUUUGAAAUGCCAAGCCAAGUACAACUGGACCUGGAUCAGGUGGCUGCCCUGGAAAUGAUUUGUUCUAAUGCAGUGACAGUUGUCAGUGGGAAAGGUGGCUGUGGGAAGACAACAAUUGUUAGCCAUCUCUUUAAGUAUGUGGAGCAAAUGGAAGAGACAGAAGUGUGGCAGGCUUGCAAAGACUUUGAGCAAGACCUGGAUGCCCCCGAAGAAUGGAACACUUUUGUCCAUCAAAGUGAAUGGAAUAAUAAGAAACGUAUAGAAGUAUUACUCACAGCACCCACUGGCAAAGCUGCUAGCUUGCUGAGAGAGAAGACUCGCCUUGCUGCUUAUACGUUACAUCAGGUAAAGUACAGCUUCUAUUCAUGGCAGAGAACAAAUCAGAAAUUGGAGGACAAAAUUCCAUGGAAGUUUUCUUCAGUGAAAGUUCUUGUUGUGGAUGAAGGGAGCUUAGUCUGCAUAGCAAUCUUCAGAUCAGUUUUAAAUUUGUUGCGUAAACAUGCCAGACUUGUGAAGCUGAUUAUCCUUGGUGAUAUCAGACAGUUACCCAGCAUUGAGCCUGGUAACUUGCUAAUGGACCUGUUUGAGACUCUCAAAUCAAGAAACUGUGCUGUGGAGCUAAAAACAAAUCAUAGAGCCGAAUCUCAGCUUAUUGUAGACAAUGCAGCAAGAAUCUCUAGGCGACUGUUUCCAAAGUUUGAUGCAGAGUUGACAAUUUCUGAUGGUCUGGCCAACUCAAUCCCCGAUCAAAAUAAGAGGUUUAUUUUUGUCAGACUACCUGAAGAUAAUAGUCAUUCUCAGUCAUCUCAAAGGAACUAUUGCUCUUACUUGUAUUCUGCAGUUAAAACUUUACUUAAUGGAGCAGUGGAACUAAAGGAGCCGAAAACAUCACAGUUCAUUGCAUUCAGAAAGCAAGACUGUGAUGUAAUAAAUGAAUGUUGUUGCAGCUUCUACUCAGGCCACUUAACCAAAAAUCAUAAAAAUAGACUUAUCUUCCAAAGAGACGAUAAAAUCUGUUGCACCAGGAAUGCUUACCUCUCAGACUUACUCUGUCAGAAUUCUAAUAGUCUUCAAAAUGAAGAUUUAGAGUUGGACCACCCUGGAGAUCUUGAUGCUUCUUAUCAUAAUAAAAAAUCCAAGAAAUCCCAUGGCUCUGUAAAUGACAUCCGAUUAUGCAAUGGAGAGAUAUUUUACAUAACAGAUGAUGUGCAGAAUGAAAAUGGAAGAUUCUUAACUAUUAAUAAUAUGGCUGGUUUAGAGGUUACUGUAGACUUCCAGAAGCUAGUGAAUUUUUGCCGUAUACGGCAUGCUUGGGCAAGAACAAUUCAUACGUUUCAGGGAUCAGAAGAAGACACAGUAGUUUAUGUCGUUGGAAAAGCUGGUCGACAACACUGGCAGCAUGUUUAUACAGCUAUAACACGAGGCCGCUCUCGAGUGUAUGUUAUAGCAGAAGAGUCUCAGCUCCGGAAAGCAGUUAAGCAAAAUAGUUUUCCCAGAAAAACCCGUUUAAAACAUUUCUUGCAAAGGAAUUUUGCUGAUAGCUAUACAUUUCCAGAGGAAGUAUCGUCCCCUUCUAAAAGCUGUGGACAAAGUCAAGGACACAGCUCUCAGCCUUCAGCAACUCCAUUAGACCCAAUCAUACCUGGAACUGUAGGAAAUAGCUUUAUUAAAACACAUGGCUCUGUAGAUAAGGAUGUGACAUUAAUUACUAAUGGAGAAGAGAAAUUGGUUUCAUUUGAGGAAACUGAUGAGGAAGAAGAUUCAUGGGAGUUAAGAGGAACAAAGAGAAGUACCACAAAUGACUUUGAAAGUCCGAACAAAUUACUUCUGGUUGAACAGACUUCUCCACUUGUAUCUUCCAGACUUCAAAAUAUGACCCUGAAGAGCUUGACUCCCAAGCAGCUCUUCAAAACUGCAGUCAGUGAAGGAAUUUAAUUUCUGGCUGAACAAAAUGAUUAUGAUGUAUUUUUGUCUUUGAUGAGAAAAUACAUAGCAGUAUCUUCAGAUUAUGAAGGUGAAAUUGGCCAAGUUUUAAGUGGAAUUUUUAGAAUUCACAGAAUCUGCUUUUAGCAGAUUUUGUUUUAAAGCACAACCAUGAAGAUUUAAAUGCAUUUUAUUGGCAUAACAACAUAGAAUCCAAGCAUUCACUUAUGGCUUUAUUUGAACUUUUUCAUAUUUGAUUAUGGCUUUAAUUGCUAGUAUAAUUAUGGUCCGUGUUUGGUUAUCUUUGAUAAUAUGAUUUGGUUAUCAGAUUAGCAUAGAAAAUCUAAAAAUUAUAUGAGGGUGUGGCUAGAGUAAUGGGAUUGUGUUUUAAAACUAACAUACUAGAAUCAAUAUACCAAAAGGGUGUUGCCUUCUUUAAAAAAGUACCCACCUGUUGAAGCCUUACACUUUUUCUCAGUGAUGUUCCUACUGUCCAAACCAUGCUGAGAGAUUCCUUUUGAGAACUGCCUUAAAGACUUGUUGCAUGUUUUUAUUAGUGUGGAUAACAUAGUAACUCCUUUGCAGCUGGAUAAGUCUUUUGAAGCCAAGACUGGUGAAUCAGGAAGAGAUCAACCUGUGGGUUAUUUAUUUUUAGGUAAAACAAAGUGGGACUCUUAAACUGCACCUUGAAAGCAGUGCCAAGAAAGGUGUUUAAAAAGUGUUUUGAGGAAAGGUUUUAGAAUUCAUUUUAAGAUUCUCUUCUUCCACCCCAAAUGUACACUUACCUCUGAAAUUGUUAUGUUUAGGCAAAUAGGCAAUUUAAUUUAUAUCCCUUAGGCAGCCUCCAGCUGAUGGUAUAGAAGGAAGUCAUCCCACAGACAUUGGGAAAAGCCAGUCUGGCAUUACAAAAGCUGGCCAUGGAACAUGAACAUUGAAUACAUAGAUAAACAGAUUUUUAAAACAUUCCUUUUUUUAAAAAAAAGUAUCAUGUAACUAUCUCUUUGGUGCAAUCAUGUAUUACAUGAUAGAAUUUUUUAAAUGUCUUAUUGAAAGAUAGUAAAAAAUGCUGAAAAGAAUUGAUGUUUGGAAAUUAACCAGACAGUUUGGUUAUCCCUUGCAACCCCUAGCCUCAUGCUGGAAUCACUUCCAUCAUAUCACCGAACAGUUUUUUUUAGGGACAAAGAGCUCACAAGGUUUUUCAGAGACAAGGAACUGUUUUGUGAGGCAACGCAUGCCAUUGUUGACCUGAUCUAAUUUUGUAGUCCAAACCUUAUCAGAACUCCCCCAAGUGGUAAUUAUCAUUCAGUCUUUGCUUGAAGACCUUAAGUAAGGGGAACCAAGACAGCACAGUUAGACUUUCGAAUAGCUGUGAUUGUUAGGAAGUUUUUUUUUGAUGCCUAAAUUUGCCUCUUUGCAACCUCCCGCCAUCAUUCCUCAAUCUACCCAUGGCCAAACAAGUCUGAUUUACCCUUCUUGUUCUAAUGACUUUGCUUCCAUAAAUGCAGUGUAAGAUUACAUUAGCAUUUUUAGCAGACAUCUCACACUGGUUUGUAGAAUUUGAGGUGGAAGAGAUCCACCCCCUACCCUCCAAGAAGCCAUCAAGUCAACACUGUACCUGCAGAAAUCUACCCUACUUCAUAUCUGAAAAGUGGUCACGCUGCAUUUGUUUGAAGACCUUCAUUGAGGGGAAACCCACUCCCUGUUCCCAAGGGUGUAGCCCAUUGUACUUUUGCAUAACUAAUUAUCAAGAUGUCUUUACUUAUAUCAAGUUUCAAUAUAUCUCUCUUCACCUUGCACUCCUUGUUGCUAAUUCUGUGAUCCCUCAUCCACACAACUACCCUUUAGAUAUUAGAUAGGUUUCGUGUCUUCUCUAAGUCUUUUCUUCAUCACAGUAAAUGCUUUUUGAAGUCCUCAGUUCUUUUGAUCAUGGCAUGACCUUUAAGUGCAUCAGCCUGCUUGUGCUUUUCUUUGGACACUCACCAGCUUACCAAUGACUUUCCUAAGAUUCAUCACCCUGGUUCAUUUGGUUUUUUUCUUCACAUGAAUGGUUUCAAAUCAAAUUCUCCCGUUUCCCCCUUUAUUAUUUACUGACUUAAUUGAUUUUAAAAACUUAAAUGCAGGACUUCAUAUUUAUUCUAGUUAAAUUUCAGCUUGUUGAUUUUGAUCCAUUUGCUGGUUGGAUAUAGAUUAAAUUCCAUAUAAGAUUUACAAAUAACAUUCCAGAAAGUCAAGAAUGUGGAUAGUUUUAGUGUUCAUUUUAAUAGAAUUUGACGAGGUAAUUAGAUGCUUCUAUGUAACAGUUGUUAAAAGCAGUGCGUUGCAAAUAGUAGGUGCUGAAUUGUUGGAGUGAAUUGAAAGUGAAAAAAAAUCUGCAGUCUGUCAUGGUCAAAAUAAUUACCCUUGUUAAAGAAAGAUGGUACAAUAGUUGUACAAUAUUGUACAAAGUACAAUAGUCACUUUUCAUGGUUUACCAUAGAUAUCUGUAUCAUAUAAAAUACUUUCACAGACUAGAUUUUUGAAAGUCCUGCAUUAUUUUAAGACCUCUUUUUAAAAACCUCAUUCAUCUAAAUGAAACUCUCAAUUUUGUACUGUAUCUGAUCUGUACACUGUAAUAUGUGGCCAAAGUGGAUUUAGGUCUCAGAGAGUUAUACUGAAUGUCAUACUUUUGUCUUUUUUAAAUUACUGUUUAUUCCACUGUGUACAAUUUGAUUUUUUUUCAUACAAAUUUGCAACAAUUCUGAGCUCCCAAAAACCAUACAUAGACGAUAAAUAUCAUGCUAUUAAAGUAUUAAAUUUGUACAAAAA